UUUGUUGCUGUGAUUGCGGACAGCUGGACUGCAAGCUUGGCAAAUGAAAGAGGACUUCAUCAGAUGUGCUCAUGAAGUGCACGACCAAACAAUGGGCUUGGAUUUGUUCCCUUCUUAUGGAUUUUACAAAAACUGGGGGUUUUAAUGGUUACCUUAAUGCAACCAUUAAGUCCAGUAGCAGUUGCUUACCAUUUCAGCUUUGUUUUACUCUGGACAGCAGUUACUUUUCCUUUCCACCCCACUCACCCUUUGCCACCUUUUGCUUGCUGAAGUGAUCAGUUCUGAAAGGGAGAGGGAGAGAGAGGGAGAGAACGAACAGGAUAAUAGCAUAUAUAUUGCAUCAUAUAGCCGGGGGCUUCCUUGACAACAUGAACACGAAUCUGUGAUGCCAGCUUAAUCACAUGAGAAUGCCAAAGAGAAAGCAAUGUGAUUACACUGAAUGAAAAUAAUACUGGACUAUUAUCACCAGCACAUUUCUCUUCAGCCUCAUACUGCGAAACUGGGACUACCACGUGAAAAAUGACCCAGCAGAUGCAGAGCCUACAGCUUUCCCAGACAAAAAAGAACAACCCACCAUCAUCUCCCAAUGCUGCUAAACGACUCUAUCGGAAUCUCUCAGAGAAACUGAAGGGAAGUCACUCAUCAUUCGAUGAGGCAUAUUUCAGAGCCAGAUCAGACCGCCUCAGUCUGCGAAAGUCUUCAGUGAACUUCCAGUGCUGUGAAGCCAUGCUGGAGGCUGUGGAACAGCAGGACCUGGACGCUGUCCAGAUCCUUCUCUAUCAAUACGCACCUGAAGAACUGGAUCUCAACACUCCUAAUAGUGAAGGAUUAACUGCACUGGACAUCGCCAUCCUGACAAAUAACAUCCCUAUUGCGAAGCUCCUUUUGAAAGUUGGGGCAAAGGAGAGUCCGCACUUUAUUGAUAUGGAGAGCAGGUCGAUCCACCUGAACAACUUAGUUCAAGAAGCUCAGCAACGAGUCAGUGAGCUGUCUGCACAAGUGAUGAGCGAAGGUCUGGGUACAGACAGCUGUGAGAAAGAGAAGCAACUGAAAGCCUGGGAAUGGAGAUACCGGCUCUACAAGCGCAUGAAAUCAGGCUACGAGCAUGCCAGAGCCCCAGAGGCACCAACCAACGUCUGCCUUAUGGUAACAAGCAGUACAUCGCUCACUGUCACUUUCCAAGAACCUCAGAGCAUGAACUCAGCGGUGGUGACCAAAUACAAAGUGGAAUGGAGCUGUUCAGAAGACUUUUCUCCUCUGGCUGGGGAAAUCAUCAUGGAUAAUCUUCAGUCUUUGAGGUGCAUUAUCACUGGCCUCACAAUGGGUCAAAGCUAUUAUGUCAGAGUUUACGCGUAUAACAUGAAAGGCUGGGGACACCCUCAGACUUCAACGCCCGCCUGCGCUUCUCCUUCUAACUGGAAAGACUAUGAUGGCAGGGAGCCGAGGCACAGGGGACAGAUUGAAGCCCUGGAACGUUUGCUGCAGCAGGUUAGAGCCUCUCAUCAGAGCUACAGUUGCCGAGAUAGUUCUAAACUGCAAAAUGCUGGUCGCAAGCAAUCUGUCUCAAGAAGCCUGAAGCAUCUGUUCCAUUCUUCAAACAAGUUUGUAAAGACUUUGAAAAGAGGACUCUAUUUAGCUGUGAUAUUUUAUUACAAAGAUAACAUGCUGGUAACCAAUGAAGAUCAAAUCCCAAUUGUGGAAAUUGAUGAUUCUCACACCAGUUCCAUUAUGCAAGAUUUUCUCUGGUUCACAAAGCUGUCUUGCAUGUGGGAUGAUAUCAGAUGGCUGAGGCAAAACAUGUCUGUCUCUGUGUCCUCUUCUACCGUACUUCAAACCAGACAGAAAAUGCUCUCUGCAACAGCCCAGCUACAGAAUCUGCUGGGGACACACAACUUGGGCCGUGUCUAUUAUGAACCAAUCAAGGACCGGCAUGGCAACAUUAUCAUAGUUACAAUAAGAGAGGUGGAGACUCUCUAUUCCUUUUUUAAUGGCAAAUGGAUGCAGAUCUCCAAGCUACAAAGCCAGAGAAAAUCCCUCUCAACGCCAGAAGAGCCAACAGCAUUAGACAUCCUGCUCAUUACAAUCCAGGAUAUACUUUCCUAUCAUCGAAGAAGCCAACAGCGCCUGGCUCCUGGCCUUUAUUUGGGCUACCUGAAACUCUGCAGCUCAGUGGAUCAGAUAAAAGUGCUUGUGCUGCAAAAAUUACCCAACAUCCUGUGUCAUGUUAAAAUCAGAGACAACAGCAAUGUCUCCAAAGAGGAGUGGGAAUGGAUCCAAAGUCUUUCUGGCUCAGAAUCUAUGGAAAAUAUGGAUCAUUCUGCGGAGUGCCCAACUCGUCUGUUCUUUGAGCUCCAGAUGGCAAUGAAAGCUCUCCUUAAACAGAUCAAUCUACCUCUACGACAGGCUAAGCUCUUCCGUCUGUACACACAGGAGGUGUUGGAACUGGGUCACAAUGUGUCCUUUCUUCUCCUGCUCCCUCCCUCAGACGACGUCUGCACUGCCCCAGGACAGAAUAACCCUUACACCCCGCACUCAGGAUUCCUUAACCUCCCUCUUCAGAUGUUUGAACUCGUUCACUUUUGCAGUUACAAGGAGAAAUUUAUUAGUCUGUAUUGCCGCCUUUCUGCUGUCAUAGAGCUGGAUUUUCUGAGCACCCAGCAGUCCCUAAGGGAAGCAAUUUCAGACAGUGAAGUCGCUGCAGCUAAACAAAGACACCAGCAAGUCCUAGAUUACAUACAGCAAAUUGAUGAGAUUUGGCGUGAAAUGAGAUGGAUCAAUGAAGCACUACAGUAUGCAAGAUACAAGCAGCCGGCUAGUGGCUUGCCAAUAACUAAAAUUGUGGACCUGUCAGAAGAACCCAUACAAAAGAAGAUAAGCUCAACAUCCUCCCAUCUUGACUGUCUUCCAUCACCACCACCUUCACCUGAAACAGAAACCCACAGGAGAAAAGCUGUGAGUGAUUCUCAGCCUUAUUCUGAUGAAGAAGGUUGCUCUGAAGUGUUCCUUCCAACUGACAGUGAUUAUGAUUCCAGUGAUGCAUUGAGUCCUAGAGAGCUGGAUUUGGUUUAUUUGUCCUCUCAGGAUAUCUCCCAUCAGGCAGUGAGCUGUCUGAGUGGCAGUGCACCAGAUGUCCUUCAAGUCCAUGAUAUCAAACCCUGCCUAACUCCAAAACAAAACCCCAAAGUAAGCAGCACGGUAGAGGCAGAUGUCGACCAGCCUACGGAAUUCAUGCAGAGCCUGUCAAUAGGAGGUCUGUCACCGAAAAGUACAGAAAAGAAUCCAGGCCUGAGGCAACCAUUGAGUUUCUUAGGUAAAAAAAAGCACGGGAAACAUCAGCACUACAGUUACUUCAGCAGACAGCACCGUUGGCUGCGUGUCCACAGUGAGACCCAAUCCAUGUCCCUCUCUGAGGGCCUGUAUACACCACAUCUCACCCGAGCCACAGAGUUUUCACAAGAGCCUACCUUUGGUGAACAGAUAAGCAUCUCUAUUGAUUGUCCACGCACCACUUUUUUACCUCAUGCUUCAAGCCUCCCAGAAGAAGGGAAGGACAAAUACGAGGAACUUAGGCCAAGCAUCCACAGGAUAUAUGUUGAACCUUUCAAGAGUAUGCUCCCCAGUGAAGAUGGCAAAUCCUGGGCCUUGAGCACUCAGCCAGUAGGAAAUGAGAAUUUGCACAGCCCCACAGACCAGAGAAAGUUCUCAGAAGAUCGAUCCAAUUCUAGCAUCACUGAAGUAUUCAGCAGUGAUCUUUAGGAACAAGUAUUGCACUGGAGAGCACCUCCACAAUCCAAAUGUGAUUACAAGUAUUCCCAACAGAGCAUUUCUUCAAAACAGCCUCUACGUCCAAAGGUUCCAACUCAUGUUCUCUAAGACCGUCACCAUGGUUUUCUAAGACGGCACAUGCAAAGGGGGUUGCAAAUAUGUCUGUUUGCACAAUCCUUUCUAAAGUUGAACUGGGCAUUAGGAACUUAUAUUUGAUUUUAGCAGAGCAGUGAGGGACAUUCUCCAGGGAAUGUUUUCCAUAUGGGUCUUUUAAAGAAAUUGAAAUGUUUCCUGAAAGACCCACCACCACAAAGUUGCAGUUAUUUCGUCCUCAUUUAUUUGUGUUCAUGGCCUCUAUCAGAUGCUACAUUGACCCAUUUUUUAAAAGAUUCAUGUAAUCAUACCAAUCAGACUACAAGGUAUCACAAAAGAUUGACAAGGAUAAUUCACACAUGACAAUGGAUAAUUCACUCAUGACAAUGAUUCUCAUGCUGAAUUGAUUUCCUUUGUCCUCCGUGAUGCCAUGAGAUGACAUGAAAUAAAUUCUGUCACUAUGACAAGAUUAUUCAUGCUAGAAAGAAGAUCAGUCUAAAAAAUAAAAUGGCACCAGCACUGCAGCCAGUUAGGCCUCUAAAGAGGCUCAUGAUGGGGACAGGCACAGGAAGUACCUGACUUUGCACUAGAAGGUAACUUUUCUCUCUAGUACACCUGUGGUAAAAAUACUCAUAAGGGUACCUUCCCAAAAGACAUUGAAAGAGAUAGCAGGUGGUGGGGUGGGGACCUAGGAAAGAAAUGCUAGACAAAAUAGCCUUUAGUUUUUGUUCUGGUCUAAAUUUGAAUAUCUAUACCAUGGAUGUGUUUGACUUUGAAUUUCUCAAGCUACAGAACCUUAAAGGGAGAAAUAUUGUCUGAGGACAUUUCUCACCUACGGAAUUAAACUGAUUGCUCCCUUUCCUAUGGAAGUUUUUCUCUACCACAUUAGUCAAUAGUUCACAAGAUACCCUUGUGAGAUAGAGGGAUGCCGACAUAGCUAAGUGACAUCAAGAAAACAUGAUUUAGUAGCUGAAAUACAAACUCUGGAUCAUGAGUUGGCAAUCCUGUUUCCAGCAAGUCUCUCAUCUCACCCUUUAUAUCUUAUUAUUAUUAGGCAAUGAGAUUUGACCAUGUAUUCCCAUUUUUAAA